UCUUAUUCAUCACUCUCUUUUAUCUGUUUUGUGUUAGAAAUAAAUUAAAAGAAGGUGUUGAUAUGUCGACAGUGGAGCAGCUCCUUGCCGAUUCCUCUGAACAGAUUCGCUAUGUGCAAUGUGGUCUUUGUAGCACCAUAUUAUUGGUAAAUGUUCCAUACAGCAACUUGUCAAUGGUGGUGAGUGUAAGAUGCGGAAACUGUGCUGGUCUUCUCUCUGUCAACAUGGCUAAGCCCUCUUUUAUCCCUUUUGAUCUUCUCACUUCCCUCUCUCAUAACUUGCCAAAGGAGGGUUUUGGCCAAGAGUUUAACGUCCAGAAACACUACUGCUUGGACAGCCUCAGCAACACAUCAUCGUCGUCCGACCUCCUAACCUCGUACCAUAACAUUAUUCAAAAUCAUGAAGAUGAUGACGUCAUCAUUAUUCCACCCACUCCAGUUGUUAACAAGCCCCCGGAGAAGAAACAGCGAGCCCCGUCAGCUUAUAACCAAUUCAUCAAGGAAGAGAUUCGGAGGCUGAAGGCAGAGAAUCCAGCGAUGGCUCAUAAAGAAGCAUUCAAGACAGCUGCAAAAAAUUGGGCUCAUCUUCCGCCAGUCAAUGCCGAAGGAGCUGAUCACAUGAUGCUGAGGAAGAAAAACGUAAUGUAGCCAAAGGGGGAGAGCGUCAUAUUAAUUAACUUAAAUCAGAGUUCAAAGUGUGGUUCUUAGAAGUUAUUGAAGAAGAAAAAAAAAACUCCCUUACUGCCUGUGCUUUGGAUCUGCGCCCAACGACAAUGAAAGAUAUUAAUUUCAUCCUGACAUAAAGACACCAACACCCUCCCUCCCUCUCUCUUUUUUCUAUCACCUUUUCUUUUCAUUUAAUAUAAUAAUAAAAUUCAUGUAAUGCCCCUCCCCCUUCCCUCCCUCUCUCUCUCUUCUUCUAAUUUUUUAUUUAUAUUUUUUGUAUUGAAUUUUAGCUUUCAAUCAAACAAAGCUUAGGCAUAUAUAUAU